CAGAGCGUACCCAGGCUCCGGUGGUGGGUGGUACGCCCGUGUUCUGGGCCGUUUCCGCGCGGACUGAGCUAGCUGCCGCAUUGGUGGCCUUUUGACCGGUGCAGCCUUUCAGAUCAGGCAGGAUGGGCGUCCAAGGCUGCUGCGGCUGCUUCAACUUGCGCGAUGGAAGCAUCGCGAUCGGCGUCACAGUUCUCACGUUCUAUAUCCUGUCCUUCGUGUUCGGCGUUGGGAUGUGGAUCUUUGCUGCUUCCAAGCACAGCCCGGCGGGCCAGCACAUGCAGCCGUGGGUGAUAGCCGUCGUCACCACCAUCUUCGCCAUCCACAUCCUCUUCAACAGCCUGUUGGUGCACGGCGCGCGGAAGGGAGUGCGCGGCAUGCUGCUGGCGUGGAUCAUCUACUUCGGCAUUGUCACGGGCUUUCAGAGCGUCUUUGGCGGUAUCAGCGUCUACUACGUGAUCAUCAGUGGCGGCAAUACCAUCCUUGUUCUGUCCAUGAUGGCCGUCCUGGCUGUGCUGGUGGUGUCCUGGUACUGGUUGGCGGUGGUCCUCAGUCACUACCGGGAGAUGAACGACCACAAAGACAUCGUUUGACGCGGGCAGGAAGAUCAGGAGAUAGCGAAGCUCUGACAGGCGACUGGCUAAGGCAGAUCUGGUCCGGAGUGACUCGAAGCUCAGGAGUGCCAUAUGACAUUACGUGCAAGGGUGUUUACGUCUAUGUAAGAGGAUUCCCGGUGCAUCUGCGUGCUUAAGAUCUGGGACCAUUUGAUGUUGGAUGAUAUUUUUUGUGUUCAC